AUGGGGAACAUGGAUGGAAAAUCAGUUGAGGAACUGAGUGCUACAGAGUGCCACCAAUGGUACAAGAAGUUCAUGACGGAAUGUCCCUCAGGACAACUUACCUUGCAUGAGUUCAAGCAGUUUUUUGGACUGAAAAACCUUACCCCAGCAUCAAAUGAAUACAUUGAGCAAAUGUUUGAAACGUUCGACUUUAAUAAGGAUGGUUACAUUGACUUUAUGGAGUAUGUAGCAGCUCUAAGCUUGGUCCUAAAGGGGAAAGUGGAGCAGAAACUGAGGUGGUACUUCAAACUCUAUGAUGAGGAUGGUAAUGGAUGUAUUGACAGAGAUGAGUUACUAAACAUUAUUAAGGCAAUUCGGACCAUUAAUCCAUGCAAUGAAAUAAUGUCGGCUGAGGAAUUCACAAACAUGGUGUUUGAUAAAAUCGAUAUAAAUGGAGAUGGUGAGCUGUCUCUGGAGGAGUUCAUGGACGGUGUACAGAAAGAUGAGGUUCUACUUGAGAUCCUUACUCGUAGCCUGGACCUGACUCACAUUGUUCGAAUGAUCCAGAAUGAUGGGAAGAAUCCUGAUGAAGGAGGGAAGGCAGAGGCAGCUGAAUAG